AAGGCUGAGGUAUAAAGUCCUGCGUUGUAUAAUGACUCCGUUGUCUGGAGCUGUAAUAGUCGUUCCCGCGAAGUGUGCUGCCGUGGGAUUGCUGCUUCCAUAGUUCCAUAGUUUCGCGAAUGAAGAUAGCAUUAUUCAGUCGAUCAUGGAGACCACAAAGAUAGAAAAAACAAAGAAAAAAUUCGAGAGAAAGGUGGCCCCGUCGAAAGCGCCUCGCCGUCUCCUGAAGAAGAAGCUGCGCGAUCUGGAACGGCUUAUCCAGAACAAGAACAAGCUGAAAGAUCUUCCGGAGCAAGUCAUUGGUGAUGUGGAAAAGAAAAUAGUCGAAGUGAAGGAUCAAAUUGAAGCACUUGGUCCAGAAUCCUCACCAGCUACAGCAAAGAAAUCAAGCUCCUCGAAGGAAGACGAGACCAAGACGAACUCCAAAGGCGUACGCUUUACAGAAUUGCGACGUGCUGGACGCAGGAUCACGGCGUUCAAGAAGCAACAUCCCAACCACGAGUCGUCAGAGGAGGAAUCAAAGGAGCUCGCGGAUCUUGAGUUGGAUCUCCUGUAUAUCAAGAACUUCCCUAAGCGUGAGGAAUACAUUCCAAUCUACGCAGAAUCCUCGGAGGAGGACGAGGAACGUAUGAAGAAACAAACUGAGAUCAGGGACAAGAUUGCAGAGGCGCUUGCGAGUGGCAAGAUCAAACGCUCAAAACGACCCAAGACGGACGACGAUACAGAUGAGAAGGCCCAGACGAUUAUUGGAAAGCAUCCAGCAAACAACUGGAGUGACGAUGAGGAUGAGGAAGACAGGGAAGACGAAGAUAGUGAUGAUGAGCGGGAACACAAAAGACAGAAGGCAGAAUAAACGUCGCAUCGCCAUGUCUUUGAACAAACACUGGAAAGGACUCUUUGCUUUUUUGCGUCUUUAUUUGCUGGCUCCCUCGUGGCACAUUUGCGUUGAAUGUAAUCACAUUCCUGAUAUCAGUUCGAAGGCGCCAUUCAUUUCGGCGCAGGGAUGGGGAAACCGGCACUGAGCUGGAUCCGUAGCUGAAAGUAUCAACCAUUGUAUGGUGCUCCCUCAGAGUAGAGCCGAGCAGCCCAAUCACGAGUCCCAAUAAUGAUAUCAAUGAUUUACUAGUAAUUUUCCGCAGGGUGACAGGGAAGAUCAAAUUCAUAGUUAUUGGUUCAGGAGUAC